UCUGCCGUGUUAAAUAGUGUGGUUGACGUAGUAUUUGCUAUCUUUCGUACCAGUGAAUUAAAACUGCAAUUUACUUAUACAAGGUGGUAAAUUUGGAAAGAACUGUUUCCCCUAUUUUUUGAAGUUUUCAUCAUAUCCCUUAAAGGAGCAAGGUUAGAGCCGGAAAUUGUAGGUCUUACUGCGAUGGCAAGUCGUUUGCUAGCAUCUGCCCUUAGGGAAACGCACCUAAUACAGAAAGCUGGAGUAGCGUCCUAUAGAGCAAAAAUUGGGAACCGAGAAAUUGUGGGAUAUGGGUUUAAUGGCCAGCCAAGUUAUAUGGACCGAACCGACUUCCCAAUGCCAGCCAUACGAUUCAAGGAGACAACACCAGAUAUUGAGGCUCUGCGGCAGAAGGAAAAGGGUGACUGGAGGAAAUUAAGUAUUGAAGAGAAAAAAGCUCUCUACAGGGCAAGCUUUUGUCAAACAUUUGCAGAAAUGCAAGCACCUACAGGAGAGUGGAAAUCUAUUAUUGGAUUUACUCUCAUUGGAGUCUCCCUUUCAUUGUGGAUUUACAUGGCAAUGAAACUAUGGGUGUACAAGCCUCUGCCAUCAACAUUUACCGAGGAGCGCCGGGAAGCCCAGCUCAGGAGAAUGAUUAACUUGCAAGUGAAUCCCGUUGAAGGUCUGGCUUCCAAGUGGGAUUAUGAAAAGAAUGACUGGAAGAAAUGAACAUUUUGAUUGUUGUUAGCUUCUGUCAUGUAGUGUAAAGAUAUGGACGGAUUCCCUUGAAAUUCAAUGUAUAGUAAGCCACAGUGGAGAAUUAUAACAAAUGUUCCACAAGGGUGAUGUUUUAUUUGUGUACACAAAUGUUACUUUAAAGAUGCAAAUUAAUACAGUAUGUCUGCUGGACAAAUGUUGAAUAUUUUGUGUCUGCUGAGAUUGAUUGUUGCAUGACUUGAAUUAGUAUAAAAAAUCAGCUGUUCCUAUAAAAAAUUAGGCAAUAAAAUUGUUUUAAUCACUGGAUUUAAUUUUUGGAGAAAGCUUAAGAAUUUUGACUGUAUGAUAUGGAAAUUGUGCAGUAAGAAUUAUCGGUGCAGAUUUACUUUGUCAGUUGUAACUUCAAAGAGUCGUCAGUUAUUACUCUACUAAUAUCUAAUUUCAUGUGAAGUUUAUUAAUCUCCAUAUUGGUGCAUGGCUGGUUAUGUCUGAGUAAUAUUCUGAGACAGUUGUUAUUUGUAGGGUGUGGGGGUGUGAAUUGUGCUCUUUUGUUCACAUUAUUCUAGUCACUAAUGUAUGUUGUAUUACAAACUUCAGGAAAAAUAUUAUGUGAAUUCUGGAAUCUAGUGUCAUUGCAAAAUGAUAAUCAGUACUUCCCCAUCAAUUUGCAUGAUAAUGGGUAUGUCAUUGCUGCUCCAAAAAACUGUCCCUGGUGUGGAUGCCUUAUUAAUCAUAAACAAUGUGUAGAAAAUUAAGAAACAAAUGUUGCACUGUAUUUAUUAAAAUCAGCCUCUUCA